ACUAUAUUAAGAAGGAAUAUGCAUCCGCCAUAUUGGCUCCUAGUCAGUGCCGGGAAUUCAAGCAAAGUAAAGGCAUCUAAUUUUGUUUUACAUAAAAUUUUGUGUUUUACGUAGACUUAAGUAAAUAAAAUGGGCGGUUGCAGUGCAAUAAAUUGUAAAAAUAGGAGUGAAGCCGGGUAUCAAACGUUUCGCUUUCCAAAAGAAGGCGAAAGAAGAAAGUAAUGGCUUAUAAACUGUCGGCGUAACAAAUGGAUACCUUCCUCAAAUUCAAGAUUAUGCGAGGUAUAUGUUGUAUUUAUUUAUCACUAAAUAUUUAACACUUAUAUUUAUCAAUAAAUGUUUAUUUACUUCAAUCAUUUAAAAUACAUAAGAAAUGAAAGUUGAGGUUAGAAACUUUUUCAUUCUUCAGUAAUGCCCAUUUCUACCAAUAUCUAGCUAUAUAGAUUAACUUUUUCUUUCUUUAAUUUUUUAAUUCUAAGAAUUGGAAAGAUAAGAAGUAAAUUGAACUGAGGUCAAAGUUAAUCUGCGUUGGUGGAAAUAGGCACAAUUGUUUUAAAGAUGACAUUUCAGAGCUUUUCUGAAAAAUUAAAAUUUUUCUGAAAUUUUUAUAAUUAUUUAUGAUUGUGAAUUCUUUAUGAAAUAUUUUUGCUGUAUGAAUACUAAACAUAGAAAGCAAAUAUUUGCUUUCUAUGAAUACUGAACAAACAUUUAUAAGAUAUUGUUUAAUUGUUUCUUCUAAGUUCUAAUUUUAUUUCUUUUGCAGAUUCACUUUGAAAGCUUUCAAUUUGAACAGAAUAGGCAAGAUGGGAUAAAAAAAUUAAAACCGAAUGCUAUACCAAUAUUAUUUAAUGUACCAAAUCCGCCAAAAAUGAUUAACAAUAUAAAACAAAAAAGGAGUGCCGAUCCUAUUUGCAUGAAAUUUCCUUUGAUACUACAAUACAAUUCAAGUAUUUCUUGCUCUGACAAAAAUGGUGCUCACUCCAAUUCUAUUUCUACAAAUAAUUCAAAUGGUCCUAAUAUCUCAAAAAAUUACGGAAUAAAGUAUAAAUCAAGAUCCACUCUUCUUGAAGUGAGUAGUUCAUCAAAUUCACAUACUAUUGGAGUACCUGGAAAAGAAAAUGUUAAAGCAUCAGUUAAGCCACAGUUCAACUGUAAUUGCAAUAUGUUUCAGCAAGAAAAUAUGCAAUUAAAACAGGAACUAAAUAAGGCCAAAGAAAUUUAAAAAAUAUGUUUCUCUGAAGAACAAGUUAAAGCACUGCAAAGCGGUACAAAAAUAAAAUGGAGUAAUGAGGCUAUAUCACAAGCUUUAAGAAUGCGUUUUGCUCUCGGACUUCAUGGAUAUAAUUAUUUAAGAUUAAAUUGCAAAUAUCCACUUCCUCAUUAUUCUACUGUGACGCGAAGAAUUGCAAAUAUUAAGAUCGACUUCGGAAUUUUUUAUGAUUUGUUAGAUCCUUUGAAAUCUAAAAUUGAUGGGUUACAUCCUAAUGCUAAAGAUUGUAUAGUUU